UUGAGUUGGGCAACAAAUAUCGCAGGCCGCCGGAUCGAUCUUGUAUUCCCCGCUUGUGCGAGACUGCUCAAGAAGUAUCAGAAAUAUCUGUGAGCAGACUUUGGAUUUCACCGAAUGGGAUAGGGAGCUUUCGAAUAUUUGGAACAAGACUUCCAUCUCUCAUUUUAUACGGAAGAGGAUGGAAUCUUUCCUAAAGUUUUUGCUCGAAGAUCUUGGUGCGAAGCCAUCAGAUGUUACCAUCGUCGACGACAAAGCAUCUCCGGAGCUGUCCGCAGCAUUGUUUUUGUUGAACAGACCCGUUCUCUCGUCCUCCGACUUCAAUAGGAGCUCGGUCAGCGACGUUGUAAGCAGUGCCAGCAGGCCGUGUCGUUGGUCAAACAUGACAGAAGACAUGCAAGACUUGCGCAUUGCAAAGAGAAUGCUUUCCGAUCUUCGAACGCGUAAUGUUGCCAUGUCAAUGUCUAGCCCGUCACUUUCCACUUCACGACACGCCCUUGAUAUCGGUGGUAACAGAAGGAUAAAAACGAUAUCGAGUACAACCAACAUAGGAUUUCCAUCUCGAGAAAGUCCUUCGAAUCGUUAUGAUCGAUCUACCUCAUCACUUCCAAGUGCUGAUCGCACCCUACCUGUCAAUCGAAGCAAUCCUGGUUGGGAUGACAAGGCGCUCUGGCAUGAUGUUACAUCUCGCAUGAUGAACAAAAAUAUUGAAGCAAGGAAAAGCAAAAUGCAAAAGCAAUUGAAAGAUGACUUUGUCAGCUCUAAAAGCUUUCAUUUUGACAGUGACGUUGAAAACUCUUUGUCGUCCCGAGAGGAGGAAGAAGAAAUUCGAUCCAAUGACGGACUUUCGAGUGGAGAAGACAGCAUUGACAUCCUGGAGGACUUUAUGGAAGACUGGGCUGUCCGAAAGGACCUCGACAGCAAUAGUAGUACAGAGAGGUUCUCUACCUCCUCUUCCUCGAUGUCCAAUUUAAAACCACAUGGGCAAGGGUCAUCAGCUGACAUGACAGAUUCAACAUUUGACAUGGAUGCUUCUUAUCAAUCAUUUCUAGACUACAGUAAAUUGGUAUCAAACCACCAGGCACCGAGACUUCCUCAACGAAAAAUAAGUCAAGAAAAAUUGGUCACGUUGACUCCUUUCUUGAAUAUGAACUCUAAUAUUGGAGAAAUACAUACAAAAAAUAAUGCUUCGUUUGACCAAGUUCCGACAGUGCCGGGCCAACAGCAGCGACGGGAACCAAAAACUUCUCACGCAGACAUCCUUCCAUUCAUUUCAUCCGCGUCGCAGGUUCUAGCAUCUGGUCCCAGAGAUAUUAGAAAGAAGAGAACCGGCCUUGACUCCUUUAUUGGAGUCGAUARAGUCUUCGGCAGCAAGAAGCUGUCCACUGAAGAGGAUAUUAGGUCGAAGAAUAUCGAUCUAGAGCGACUCGAACGAGCAAGACGGUUGCGGGAAGCGCUGGGCUCCAUGGCACCAUCAAGUAGAAAAAACGAUGAUGAUACAGCUGGUCCUAGAAAAUUUCGAUGGAAGUCAUAUCGCUCAAGGAUAAAGAAGAAUUCCGAGGCCGUAACGGUGAAGGAGCAACGAUCAUCCCAAUCACAAUCUCCGCCUAGAACAUUCAACCCACGAGGGGGAGGGGACAAAGCUGUUAGUGGCAGUAGCGGUACUGCUGCUCUUGUCCCCAGAAGAACAAAAGCUGUCUGCUCCAAUUCAUCUUCGUCAAAUUCAUCUUCGAGCUCGUCUUCUUCUCCCAACCACUCGGUGGAUGAUUCUUCGUACUCGACGCUUUCCAUACAUUCAGAGGAGACUGUGAAAAGCUCAAAUCUGCGUCAGAGUGUAACAAUGCCAAAUAGCGUUGGCAGUACUGUUAUGGAGGACAGCCUCGCGAAAUAAGUGAUUCAUUCCAUCUCUACUKCACACACGAGCAAUAUCUGUCACUCUCUGAAUAUCACGUUUGAUUUUGAUCACCAGUAGAGUCAACGGCACAAAAUACAUCGAAGAAUUUUGAAACAUAGUAAUAUGCCAAUCACGCAUCGUAAGAUUCGGUCAAACCUCGACGCUCGAGGCAAUAAGGGAAUGUAGCUUUAUCGUAUGAACUCUCUGCAAAGUCAAAUAGCUCGAUACAAAAGAAUAAUGCCAAAUAACUAGCAUCAAGUAAAGAGUAGAAUUUCAAAAUAAAUUCAAAAUAAAUUGUUGUAUCAUCUCCAAUAAAGUUUCACAACCGCUUGCAGAUAACAUCCGUCUCGAAAAUUUAGGCGCACCGGUAAAGUAGUUUGCUCAAAAUCUUCUCAAAAUCGUAUCGUACUGUUACUUUACAGACGUACCGACGUACCGGCGUACCGGUACGAUCACCAACUGUUCACAAAUUACAGGGGAGAUCUUUGGAAAAUGUGUUGGUUUCAACUUGGUCUUACACAAGCAAGAAUUGGAUUUAUGUUGUGCUUUCAAGAAGAGUUAGAACAACUUCCAACGGUCUAUUUGUAAGAACACCUCUUCUACUUACUACAAAAAACAACAACAACAAAAACAAUACCCAGCAUACACAACAAAUAAAUGAUUUCCAUUCCUAUUUCAGAAACAGCAAACAGCCACAGUGCUUUCGUUGAAAACCUUCUACUACAUUCUUUUCAAAACAUAACUCCAACCUUACUAGCAAUAACUUCAUUUUUGCACCGUUGUAAGCUUUUUGCGUAGCGAGCCAAUCUUUGUGACUGCUCGUACGAGUACCGUACGAGUGGUAGGCAAACAAAUUCUACUGUGAUUGUCAUAAUCGAUACGAUCUUUUUAACCCAAUACUACGGUAGGCGUACUGUGGUAAAGUAUUAUUGUUUUUUCUUGAUUGCGAUACGAGCAUGAGAAGUGUGCCGUAGGUUCUUUCAACAGUGACCCAGAGAAGAUCUAUCACAGUAAAAACGCACAAUGGUACUAGACAUGCUGCGAAAUAGAUUCCCUCUGCUUUUACCUUACGGGUUGAAGUGCCUGGCAUUUCAUCUCGUCCUCUACGUUACUUUCCGGAGUCUGCUACCAUCACGAAAAGGUGCCGAUGCCACAGAAACACUGGACGAUUUUCCUUGGAAAAUUUCCCCCUCCAUGACAGCUCACAAAAUCGUUGCAUUCUCUGUGAUGAUACAUUGGACCUUUCUGGGAUUCCAACAUCUCAGAGAACAUGAUUACAGCGCAAGCUCUAAUUUAGAAUCCGAGGUUUCGGCUCUUGUCUUUGUACCUGCCGGUUUCGAUAUUGCACAGUAUGCCAUGGGUGCCUUACUCUUGUGGGAUAUUCCUCUGGGUCUGUGCCAUGAAUCAGGACGAAACGACGUUGUGAUGCAUGUUCAUCACUUGGGGAUGGUAGUGGUGACAUCUUGCGUAUUGGGUCUUGUUGGGCCUUCCUCUGUUAGCAGCGAUGGAAUUGUCGGUACUCAUGUUGCUCCAAUAUUUCUGGGAGCAAUAGAGCUUUCGUCGAUCCCGCUACAGAUCGUUGAUUUAUUUCAUCCCAAAAAAUCGCCCCAUUGGAACAAAUUUGCAAAUGACGGUUCAUCGACUUCAUCCUUUUCAAAGUUCUGUGCCACAAUAAACGAAACAUCAAGAAUUUUUUUCGCAAUCCUUUUCUUGUUGGUAAGGGGUUUGUAUUUCCCAUACGUGGUAGCUACGAUUGCUGCCCCAGAUUUCUACGUAGAAGGUAGCGUACCGUCUAUGGUCUUGUUGUCUAUGUCCAUCUUGUUUACUCUGUUGCAAAUGUAUUGGGCAAACUUGGUGCUUGGGCAGGUUAAAAAAACCUUCAUUGGAAACGAAACAGCUGGAAACAAGAAAUAUACUUCAAGGAAGAAAGAGUAGAACGGGAAUCUUAUUUUUGAUAACCUUCAAGGCUUUUUCACAAUAAUUUAUAACAAACUCC